CAGGGAAACUGUAGUGAUUAGUCUUGGAUAAAUUUGUAUAUCUCCAAUUAUUCAUUUAUUACUUGAAAUAAAACAAAAGAGGCUUGAGCUGCUAAUGCCUCAUAUAUAGUAUCACAACAGGCCACAUGACCACACAGCUCGAUCUGAAAACCCUGAUAUAUGGUUUUGUUCAACGUUUUCCAUUAAUUUCUCAAAACAUGCCACUUACAACAUGGCGGCGACAUAGACGUAUUACCGUGUGUGCACACGGGACGUAAAGUGACGUCUUCUCUUGUCCUGUCUAUGGUUUGAUCACGCAAUAAAAAGUGAACAAGGGAGGGGACAAGCACACAAAAUAAUGUCAGACACGCUGAUUUAUUUUUUUCUUAAUCUGAUUUGUUUUGUGUAGAGUGGUCCGUUUUAGAGACCGGGUGCCAAGAAAGCAAACAUUAAGAAUAAACUGACGGAAAGUUUGGUAACCCAGUAGAUUACACAAGCAUAACGAUUUUUUAAAAUGUUAUUAUAAUUCUAAUCUGCAAAACCAGGAUUCAUAUUUUACAGGAACAUAAAGUCUUUAUCUAGAUAUCUUUACUACAAAUCCCACAAUGCACGUCUUGGUUUCCUUGGAAACAGAUUGUUGUGUGUGAUUGCAGAUAGGGCAAGGGAGUAAACACACGAUAACGUGAAAUUGAACAUCGAUUAAACGGUACUUUACAUUAUUGGUUAGUUCGGGAUUUUUUUUAGCUGGUCACUUAAAUAAUGAUCAAAAAUAUAAAGACACCUACGAUAAAAACGGGAUCGCACAAAGUAAUGUUGUUGAAAGUGUUCAUGGAUCAGAUUAUGCAUGGAGCUCCGGUGGAUCUAUCUUUCAGAAGUCUCAGCAGGCUGACAGACGCUUGGACAGAGAUUCCCUGCAGCAGUCUCCGACCUUUAAAGAAAAACUCUGAAAGGAAAUACCUCAGCUGCUCACUGCGUCUCAGUAACAACAGCAUCACUGACCUGUGUGACCUCCAUCAGACGGUGUGCCACUUCCUGGCUGAACCCUCACAUCUGGCCUGGCUGGACCUUUCCUUUAACAAACUCUCACAUAUAGAACAGGUUUUGUGUGAGUUGCCUGGACUCCGUGUGUUAUAUCUUCAUGGAAACAGCAUUUAUACUCUGUCAGAGGUGGACAGGUUGGGUGUGCUGCCCCAUCUCCACUCCAUCACUCUGCAUGGAAACCCUAUAGAGGCAUAUAAGACUUACAGGAAUCGUGUGAUCUCUGCGUUGCCGCAGUUAAAAACAAUGGACUUUGGUGGUGUGACGCAGCAGGAGCGAGUCCUGGCAAAGCUCUGGCAUCAAAGCAACACCCGCUGCAGAAACAGCAGGAAGAGUCUCCACUGAAUGGUAGCAUGUAGAAAUCAUAUCUCAAACCGAAUGCUUCAUAUUUAAAGCUAGAAAACGGAUUUUCAAAUUUGCUUCCAGUAUUUGAAAUGAAAGCAGUAUUGUCGACGUUUCUCUGCUGGGAGUAGACUUUUACACGUAGUUGCUAAUAAUGGAGAUUUAGGGCAGUUUUUUAAAUAUUAAUUAUUAAUACUACUUUUGAUUGAGAACAUCCCUGAAACUUACUCUUGCUUCACAUUUUUCUAAUGUGAAGCAAUGUUUCUAAUCUAAUCCUGGCUUGGAUAAGCAUAGUUUGCUCUCAGAUUGACAGAUGUGGUACUUUAUGAAAAAGUAGAUGGUUUGUUAGUGGAAAUUUCAGUUUAGCCAAUUAUGAACUUUGACUUCAAAACUUUUAACUCGCAAAGUGAUCAUAUAUCCCCGAUUUCACAUAAAAUGUACAGGUGCAUCUCAGUAAAUCAGAAUAGUAUUGAACAUUCUUUUUCAACAAUUCAAAAGAGAAACUUAAAUAUUAUACAGAUUUAUUAUACACAGAACAAAAGGACUGGAUUGGUGCUUUGUGGACCAAACUGUUUACAGACCACAAAAUAUUACAGCACGUCAUGCUUCUGUCUGCUGAGAAGCUUUAUGGAGAUGCUGGUUUCAUUUUCCAGCAGGAGUUGGCAUCUGCCCACACUGCCAAAGUUACCAAAAGGUGGCUCGAUGAUAAUGUUACUGUUCUUGAUUGGCCUGCGAACUAUCCAGACCUGAACCCCACAGAGAAUGUAUAAGGCUUUGUCUAACAGAAUUUGGGGUUUUUAUUAGCUGUAAGCAAUAACUUAUGGCAUAUCAGUCUGUGUAAAGAAUCUAUGUUUGGUGCUAGUGGCCUUUAUUGACAGUUACCAGACAGGAAAUGGACAGAGAGAGAAAGGCAUAAGACAUGUAGCAAAAUUGUCAAGUUUGGGAAUUGAACCCACGACGAUUGCGUUAAGAACUAUAGCCUCUAUACACAGGCUCUACCACUACACCACACAAAACCCUGCAAAUUUCAAUGGGAUUCUAAUUUAUUAAGACGUACCUGUUUAAAUAUUUGAUUCUUCCUGUCAAUGUACUGUUAAAACUCUGUAACAUCACUAAAUAAAGUACUUCCCAGAAGAGAA